AAGAGCAGCUCAACACGGUGUUCGAUAUGUAGAAGAGGAUGAGCUCAAAUUAUUAACACCAGUUCUAAAACCUGGGGUCAAAGGCAACUUUGAGCCAACAUUUUUACCAGAAGAUGGUCCAGGUGAGAAUGGUGAGAGAAUCAUUAUUGCACCUGAAGAGAAAGCAAAGGCAGACGCCUCAGUUCAAGAGUUUGGCUUCAACAUGGUCGCCAGUGAUAAGAUCUCACUGACUAGGAAUAUUCCGGACACGAGAUUGGACGAGUGCAAGUACUGGCACUACCCUGAAGAUCUGCCAACGGCCAGUGUUAUCAUUGUCUUCCAUAACGAAGGCUUCUCCACACUCUUGAGGACUGUACACAGCGUCAUCAAGACAUCACCCUAUCGUCUACUCAAGGAAGUCGUCCUCGUCGAUGAUUUCAGUGAUAAAAUUGAUCUGAAAGGAAGACUGGAUAAGUACAUCGAACAGUUUAACGGAUUGGUGAAACUCUAUAGAAACCCAGAACGAUUAGGUUUGAUUGGAACCAGGAGUAAGGGGGCCACCCUGGCAACUGGUGACGUCAUCGUCUUCCUGGAUGCCCACUGUGAGUGUGGUAAAAAUUGGUUGGUACCGCUGUUGGCUCGCAUCCGUCAGAAUAGGACAACGAUGGCGGUGCCCACCAUAGAUGGCAUUGAUUGGAAUGAUUUCCACUACUCCCCCGUCUACAACAAACAUUCUCAUUAUAGAGGCAUCUUCGAAUGGGGUUUCCUCUAUAAGGAGUCCGAGGUUCCAAAGGCUCCUACGCAUGCUGGGGGGUUGUUUGCAAUAGACAGAAAUUACUUCAUAGAACUUGGGAUGUACGACCCUGGUCUGCAGAUAUGGGGAGGGGAAAAUUUUGAACUUUCAUUCAAGAUAUGGCAGUGUGGGGGUAGCAUAGUUUGGGUGCCUUGUUCUAGGGUUGGACAUGUCUACAGGAAUCAUAUGCCUUAUGGCUUUGGAAAGAUUAAUCCAAAGAUACCUGUCAUCUUAAUUAACUACAUGCGAGUUGUUGAGGUAUGGUUAGAUCCGGAGUUCCGUGAUUACUUCUACACAAGGGAGCCGACAAUUCGAGGUUAUCCCAUUGGGAAUAUAUCGGAGCAGCUGGCAUUCAAGGAACGCAACAAAUGCAAGAGCUUCAAGUGGUACAUGGACAACAUUGCCAUCGAGGUCUACCAGAUGUUUCCGCCACCACCUCCAAACAUUGGCUGGGGAGAGAUUAAAUUGCGGACGGAAUCCAUUUGUUGGGAUGCUAGGGGCGAAUCAGCAGGUGGGGGUCCCAUAGGUUCAUCCAGCUGUCAUCAUAUGGGAGGCGGCCAGUUAUUCCGGUUCAACAAACGUGGCCAGAUUGGUUAUGGAGAGAGAUGCAUUGAUAAGUACGGUUCCAACCAGAUCAGCAUCCACUACUGCCCUGUCGACCCGUCGGGGAGGUGGAUAUUUGAAGAGAAAACAGGCCUAAUAAAGUAUGGUGAAUCGGGAUUGUGUGCGAGGGCAGAAAGGGUUGGUGGGAAGCUAUCCCUGGAAAGUUGUGAUCCCAGCGAUAGAUAUCAAUCGUUUGAAAUUAAAAAUAUUAAAAUAUGGUGA